AUGGCCACCGGGAUUAGCGCGCAGCUUCUUGAGUCGCUGACUCUGGGGCGGAUUGUUGCAGCUGUUGUCGUCCUCACCAUCAGCUCUUUCAUCGUCGACUUCACAUGGAAACCGCGCUAUGCCGACUCCCUUCCGCGGGCUGGGUGUGGCCGUGGCUUGUUGGGGACGCUCCAGAACUGGUUCUUCUUUGUGACGCGGUACAACGACUGGGUAGCCGAAGGCUACAAGAAGUACUCCAAAGACCAGCGCGCCUUCGUCGUCCCGUCCGCACCAAGCCGCCCGCACGAGAUCGUUGUCCCUCGAUCCCAGACAGCAUGGAUGCUGGAGCUUCCUGACCGCGUCCUGUCGGCCAAGGAAGCGCACCAGGAUGUCCUGCGCAACGACUACCAAUUCUUGGGUAUCGACGACCAUUUUCCUAUCCAGACGAUCCAUAAACAUCUGGCGCGCAAUAUCACCGGUCUCAUUCCCGGCGUCCAAGAGGAAGUCCACGGCGCGCUGGACGCCGUUCUAGGGAAGGACACGGAGAAUUGGAAGUCGCUGAACUUGUGGGAGGUUUGGCUGGGCAUCGUCCCGCGGGUCACCAGCCGGAUUAUCGUUGGCGCGCCGUUGUGUCGCAACCAGGAGUUCCUCAGCGCCCAGGUCGCCUUUGCCGACGACGUGGUUCGCAACAGCAUCCUGUUGGACCUGUUCCCGCGCGUCCUCCAGCCCCUUAUCGGCCCACUUCUAGUCCUCGCGAAUCGAUGGCACUGGCGCAAGACUCACCUCCUUGCCGAACCCCUGAUCACGCAGCGCAUCCACGACAUGACCAGCAACGACCCGGCGCACAAAGACUGGCGACCGCCAGAGGACAUGAUCACCUGGCUGAUCCGCCAGGCCCAAACAGAGGGGUUCGCCAACCAGCUCACCGCAGACCUCCUCUCCAAGAGCAUCCUCUCCGUCGAAUUCGCCGCCAUCCACACCACCGUCCUAACCGGUUUCAACCUCUUCCUCGACCUCCUCUCCUCCGACCCAUCCCUCAACUACCUCGAUACCAUCCGCGGAGAAACCGCCCGUGUGUUCGCCGAAGAAAACGGCGCCUGGUCAAAACAAAGCCUCGCCCGUCUCACCCGCACCGACAGCGCCAUCAAAGAGAGCAUGCGCAUCAGCCCUAUCGCCCGCUCGCUCACGCACCGCAAGGUGGUGGCGCCCGAGGGCGUGACCAACCCGGCUGAGGGCUGGCACGCGCCCUACGGGGCAUCGCUGAUGCUGGAUCUGGGCGGGACACACACCGAUCCGACACUGUAUGAGGAACCGGAGCGGUACGAUGCGUGGCGCUUUUCGCGGGAGAAGGAAAGGUAUGAGGCGCGGUCGGCAGCAACAACAGCAGCAGCAGCAGGUGAAAAGGGGGCGGAUCGUGAGGAAGGGUUGCGGAUUAAACGACUUGGUAUGGUCACGACCAGCCCGGAGUACCUGCCUUUUAGCCAUGGUCGGCACGCAUGCCCCGGACGGUUUUUCGUAGCACACGAGCUCAAGAUGAUUCUGGCGUAUUUCCUGCAGAACUAUGAGGUCAAGCCGCUGGCGGAGAAGCCCAAGUCGAUGUGGCUGGGGGUGAAUGCUAUACCGCCGGUGCAGACGAAGAUUGAGAUUCGGAGGCGGAAGGGGACUGUGUGA